AUGGCUGGCAAAAUAAGCCUUCCGCUAACCGAAGAGAAGCGGCCCGUACGAAACUGCCCUCGACGUCGACACCGAUCGCUCCUUAUAGCAACCUUAAUCGCCGCUCUCGUUUACGGUCUCUACGAUAUCUACCUUACGCCAGCCUUGAAUUUUUUGCACAAAUCAUAUCCUUCAGCGUCAUUCCCAUCCUCGAUAAAAAGCGACGAUGCUGUCCCAGUAGCUCAAGCACUUGUCCCGCUCGAGGCGCACAUUAUGAGCAAAUGCCCCGAUGCUAAGGAUUGUCUCAAGGAAAUGGUUCUCCCGGCCAUGAUGCGCGUCAGCGACAAGGUUGACUUCACAUUAUCUUACAUCGGUACGCCUACCGAGAACGACGGCGUCAGCUGCAAACAUGGCCCGGGUGAAUGUAUGGGAAAUAUUCUCGAAUUAUGCGCGCACCAUCUAUACCCAGAUCCCAAAAUCUACCUCGGCUUUACCAUGUGCUUAACCAGGGAGUACAAGCUUAUCCCUCAACGGGAGCUGGUCGAGGACUGCGCUUUGGAACACGCUAUCGAUUUUGAAAAGCUCAACGACUGCGCCGCGAAGGACGACGGUGCUUUUGGCAUGGCGAUGUUGAGGGAGAGCGUGCGAAGAACUGCCGACGUACGCGAGCGUUACGAAGAGCUGCACGGUCAGACUAAAUAA